AUGUCAGACACAGACGACAAGAGGAAGCUAUUAGCCAACCCACUUCAUGGAAUAGUCAUCCCCAUCGGCUUGCUCCUAUUCGGCACUUGGCUAUUCAGUUGGUCCUAUAUGCCAUACACUAUCGCUUUUAUCAUCGUCAUAUGUUCAAUUCAAUACUACUUGGCCACGCAACGUCGUUCAUCAAUGCAUCAAACGAUAUGGCGUGAUUUUGAAUUGAUUGAUAGAACAAUGGUGGCUCCAAUGACUGCAAUUUAUCGAUUCAAGUUGGGUCGUGAGGAUGAAGUUUUGGAUAUCCCCACUGGUCAUCAUUUAUCAUGUGUGUUUACGAUCGAUGGUAAGGAUGAGUUGCGAUACUACUCGCCAAUUUCGAACCAGUUUGAUUCAGGGUUUUUUGAUAUUUUGGUUAAGCAUUAUCCUCAAGGGAAAGUCACUAGUAAAUUAGCUACUGUUCAAAUUGGUCAAACGGUCAAGUUUAGGGGACCAGUGGGGACAUUGGACUAUAAGCCUAAUGAAACAAAGACCUUGGGUUUGAUUGCUGGCGGAACUGGUAUAACUCCAAUCUUGCAAGUUAUUACACGGGCCAUUACCAACCCUGAAGACUUAACUGAGCUCAAGCUAAUUUUCGCAUGUCAGACUCCAAAUCAACUCUUGUUGAAACUGGAAUUGGAUUCAAUUGCAGAGAAAUACCCUAAAUUGUCAGUGUACUAUACUGUCGAUACACCAAGUGAAGAUUGGACUGGUGGUGUUGGGUAUGUGUCAAAAGAAAUGAUUGAGAAUAUGUUUGAUGAUAAAGAUAAUACCAAGAUUUUGAUGUCUGGUCCACCGGCUAUGAAGAGUCAUAUUAAUGAGUUACUUGAAGAUUUGGAAUGGGAUAAGGAAAAGGUAUUUUAUUUUUGA